AUGGACAAGCAGGUGCUCGAGGCGGCUGCGGAGCGCACGUUCCAGUACCAGGACUCGCUGCCUCCGCUGCCCGUGCCUGCGCUCGAGGAGUCGCUCAAGAAGUACCUGGACGCAGUGAAGCCCUUUCUUAAUCAAGAAGAGUAUCUAAGAACUGAGCAUAUAGUUAAAAAUUUUGAAAAUGGGAUUGGAAAAGAGUUGCAUCAGAAAUUACUGGAAAGAGCUAAAUCAAGAAGGAAUUGGCUGGAGGAGUGGUGGCAGAAUGUGGCUUAUCUUGAUCUUCGCAUAUCAACGCAAAUAUACUAUAACAUAGGAGGCGCUGGCCCCUAUAUUGAAACGUAUUGGCCACCCAAAGAAGGCACUCAGAUAGAGAGAGCAUCUGUUAGCAUAUGGCACACCCUGAGAUACUGGGAUCUAUUAAGAACAGAGAAAGUGGCAAUAGACAGAUCUGGGAAUGCUGUUUUGGACAUGAGCCAAUACCGAAAGCUCUUCUGCACUUGCAAGAUUCCUGGAGUUACCAGAGAUUCAAUCUGCAAUUAUUUUAAAACUGAGACUGAAGGUGAAUGUCCUUCUCACUUAGUGGUUCUGUGUCGAGGCCGAGUGUUCACCUUUGAUGCUCUACAUGAAGGCAAUAUGCUGACCCCUCCAGAGAUUUACAGGCAGCUUACAUAUAUCCAGAAAAGAUGUUAUAGUGAACCAGAUGGACCAGGACUCGCGGCCUUAACGAGCGAGGAAAGGACAAAAUGGGCAGAGAUGCGUGAGUAUUUAAUUGAUCUUGAUCCAAAAAACUUAACUCUUCUGGAAAAAAUUCAGCAAAGUGUGUUUGUGGUCUGCCUGGAUGAUGCGAGUCCCCACGCAACUCCUGAAGACUACAGCGAGAUUACAAGACUGGGGCUAACAGGCGAUCUCACUGUCCGCUGGGGAGAUAAAUCCUACAAUAGCAUCUUCUUUUCCAAUGGAACUUGUAGUGCAUUCUGUGAUCAUGCUCCUUUUGAUGCCAUGGCUUUAAUUGUCAUGCUAUCUCAUGCCGAAGGGAAGAUUAGUGAAAAUGAGGGCAAGUGGAAGGGCUCAGAUAAAGUAAGGGAUAUUCCAUGGCCAGAGGAACUUGUGUUCACGGUGGACCAGAAAAUAAUGAAUGGAAUUGAACACGCUAAAGAAUCAUAUUACCAGAAGGUGUCUGACCUGCAGCUGGUGAAUUAUGCCUUCACAUCAUUUGGAAAAGCACUGAUUAGGAAGAAGAAAUUUCAUCCUGACACAUUUGUGCAGCUUGCUCUCCAGUUGGCUUAUUACAGAUGUCAUAGGCGGCCGGGCUGCUGCUACGAAACCGCCAUGACCAGGCGUUUCUACCACGGCCGCACGGAGACCAUGAGAUCCUGUACUAUGGAAGCGGUGGAGUGGUGCAGAUCCAUGCUGGAUCCUUCUGCCACUACUUAUCAACGACAACA